GGGCCAAAGAGUGGUGGGAAGCUUGGUCAGUGCUCGCGGCUGCAGCUCCAGAAACCCGAUCGCCCCGGAGCAGCCCUCUCCCGCUUCGCCAUGGCUGGCCCGGGCCGGGGUGCGGCGCUAGAGUCCCCACGGCUGCUGCUGGGCCGCGUGCGCUUCCUGGUGGAGGCAGCGCAGAGUCUCCGCACUGGGAGGCCGCUGCCUGCGGCGCUGGCUUUCGUCCCGCGCGAAGUGCUCUACAAGCUUUACAAGGACCCGGCAGGACCGUCGCGCGUACUGCUCCCGGUGUGGGAAGCGGAGGGUCUGGGGCUGCGUGUGGGUGCCACCGGGUCGGCCACGGGUACCGGCUCCGGGCCCCUCCGCGCGGCCCGCGACAGCAUUGAGCUCCGGCGCGGCGCCUGCGUGCGCACCACGGGCGAGGAACUGUGCAACGGACACGGACUCUGGGUGAAACUGACCAAGGAGCAGCUGGCCGAACACCUGGGCGACUGCGGACUGGAAGAAGGCUGGCUGCUGGUGUGCCGCCCGGCGGAGGGCGGGGCGCGCCUGGUACCCAUCGACACCCCGGACCACCUCCAGCGGCAGCAGCAACUCUUCGGUGUGGACUAUCGCAGGGUGCUCAGAUGGGAACAGGUGGUGGACCUGACAUACUCGCACCGCCUGGGAUCGAGGCCUCAGCCAGCGGCAGCGUACACGGAAGCUGUACAAAGGCUACUCUAUGUGCCCCCGACGUGGACCUACGAGUGCGACGAAGACCUGAUCCACUUCUUGUACGACCACCUGGGCAAGGAGGAUGAGAACCUGGGUAGUGUGAAGCAGUAUGUGGAGAGCAUAGAUGUUUCCUCCUAUACGGAGGAAUUCAAUGUAUCCUGCUUGACAGACAGCAAUGCAGACACCUAUUGGGAGAGCGAUGGAUCCCAGUGCCAGCACUGGGUACGGCUUACCAUGAAGAAGGGCACCAUUGUCAAGAAACUACUACUCACCGUGGAUACCACAGAUGACAACUUCAUGCCUAAGCGAGUGGUGGUCUAUGGGGGUGAAGGAGACAAUCUGAAGAAGCUGAGUGACGUGAGCAUUGACGAGACGCUGAUCGGGGAUGUCUGUGUCCUAGAGGACAUGACGGUCCACCUGCCAGUCAUCGAGAUCCGCAUCGUGGAGUGCCGAGAUGACGGCAUUGAUGUGCGUCUUCGAGGCGUCAAAAUCAAGUCAUCUAGACAGCGGGAACUGGGAUUGAAUGCAGACCUGUUUCAGCCCACCAGCCUGGUGCGCUACCCACGCCUGGAAGGCACUGACCCAGAAGUACUGUACCGCAGAGCUGUUCUCCUGCAGAGAUUCAUAAAGAUUCUAGACAGUGUCCUGCACCACCUGGUACCUGCUUGGGACCACACACUGGGCACCUUCAAUGAGAUUAAGCAAGUGAAGCAGUUCCUGCUGCUGUCACGUCAGCGACCAGGCCUGGUGACGCAGUGCUUGCGUGACUCAGAGAGCAGCAAGCCCAGCCUUAUGCCACGCCUGUACAUCAACCGGCGCCUUGCCAUGGAACACAGAGCUUGCCCCUUAAAGGACCCUGCCUGCAAGAAUGCAAUCUUCACCCAGGUUUAUGAAGGUCUCAAGCCCUCUGACAAGUAUGAAAAGCCCCUGGAUUACAGGUGGCCCAUGCGCUAUGAUCAGUGGUGGGAGUGUAAAUUCAUUGCAGAAGGAAUCAUUGACCAAGGGGGCGGUUUCCGGGAUAGCCUGGCAGACAUGUCAGAGGAGCUGUGCCCUAGCUCAGCGGACUCGCCUGUGCCUCUCCCUUUCUUCGUGCGCACAGCAAACCAGGGCAAUGGCACUGGUGAGGCCCGGGACAUGUAUGUCCCCAACCCAUCCUGCCGGGACUUUGCUAAGUACGAGUGGAUUGGACAACUGAUGGGUGCUGCCCUUCGGGGUAAGGAGUUCCUGGUCUUGGCUCUGCCCGGCUUUGUGUGGAAGCAGCUCUCUGGUGAGGAGGUGAGCUGGAGCAAGGACUUCCCGGCUGUGGACUCUGUGCUGGUGAAGCUCCUAGAAGUGAUGGAAGGCAUGGACAAGGAGACAUUUGAGUUCAAAUUUGGGAAGGAGUUGACAUUCACCACUGUACUGAGUGACCAGCAGAUGGUGGAGCUUAUCCCUGGGGGCGCAGGCAUCGUGGUGGGAUAUGAGGACCGUUUGCGUUUCAUCCAACUCGUACAGAAGGCACGGCUAGAAGAGAGCAAGGAGCAGGUGGCGGCCAUGCAGGUGGGCUUGCUGAAGGUGGUGCCACAGGCUGUGCUGGAUUUGCUGACCUGGCAGGAACUGGAGAAGAAGGUGUGCGGCGACCCAGAGGUCACGGUGGACGCUCUGCGCAAGCUCACCCGGUUUGAGGACUUCGAGCAAACUGAUAUACGGGUGCGGUAUUUCUGGGAGGCACUAAGCAACUUCACCAACGAGGACCGGAGCCGCUUCCUGCGCUUUGUCACAGGCCGCAGUCGCCUACCAGCACGGAUCUACAUCUACCCUGAUAAACUGGGCUGUGAGACCACAGAUGCGCUGCCUGAGUCGUCCACCUGCUCCAGUACCCUCUUUCUACCACACUAUGCCAGUGCCAAGGUGUGUGAGGAAAAGCUCCGCUAUGCAGCAUACAACUGCGUGGCCAUUGACACCGACAUGAGCCCUUGGGAGGAGUGAGGUGGUGCUACGGGCAGCCACAGGCCAGAAGGACUGCUCCCUGGACCAGCUGGGUUCUGCACUUCCAACCUGAGCUUCCCUGAUCAGAGAAAGCCAGUGUGCGCUGCCCCCGUGUGUAUUUGGAUUAGGGGCGGUGACUACCCAGGCCCAGCCCUGCCUGCACUCACAGUGCUUCUAGUGCUGGAGCUUGCUUUCUGAGUUAUUUGACCUCUGAGAGAGCAUUUUCCACAAGUCCAGCACUAGCUGCCAGUCCUGAGCCAACUUGAAGGGGGCCUCCUAGCUCCCCAGACCAUAGACUUGGCUUCAGUUUUUUUCCAGCUCCUCUUUUUUUCUGCUUGUUUUACUUUGCCUUCCACCUGAACUCAAUGCCAAAAACUUUGGAGGGUAGUGGAGACUCCUCCACAAAGAAGGAACCAGAGAUGAACAGGAGUCACCUACCCCCAGGGUGAUGCAAGAGCUGAGAACCCCUUCCUCACAGAUGAUGUUUUCCUCCUCUCCCUCCAAUGCAAGGUGCGAGCUCUGGCCUUCUUUUGCCAACCCAGUCUCAAAUGACAAAGUGCCACAACUCUCCCAGGCUUAGAGCCUACAACUACUCAACAUUAAAUCUUACCACUACCACCAACCCAUACUGACUCCCCAUCUACCAUUUCACUCCAGGAUUUUGCACAGUUUAAGGCUAACUACCUGAAAUCUUAAAUUGCUCCCCUUUAUCCAACUCUAAAAUAAAGUCUAGGAUUAAACUUGCCUUAAGCACAUCCCUGCCCCAGUCCUCCUUCCUUUAACGGCCUCUAUGACACUCCAUCAAAAAUGGUCUUGCAUAUGGGAAAAUUGAAUAAAUGGAAGAAUUUAUCCAUUAGAACGUGUUUAUUGGGCUCGCUCUGUCCUGGAAGAGUCUUUCAGCUCCUUCUGUUACUUCCAGGACUUCAGGUUCCUGCUGGGAGUCAAGUAGAUAUGGGUCAAGUGAGAGUGGCUUCUCAGUGACAAAUAAGGACCCCAAAACACAGAAGAGCAGGGAGAAAGCUUACCUGCUACAGAAUUCUGGGAGAGGUGUGGUGAUUUGGAGAAUGGGAGUCCACCUUUUGGAACCAAAUAGGUGCAAGAACUUCACAUCCUAGAGGAAAAUAUCCUUGAAAUGACUGAUGAACAAGCCAGGUCAGGGUUUUGACAUGAGGGGGCAGCAGCCUUGCCAACACGCAACUCCCACGCUGCCUCCGAACUGUCACACAGCUAAGGUGCAAUCUUUAAAAUCCCACCUCCAUGAGACCUCUUGUGAAUGCAGUCCCCCGAGGUGGGCAGUCACCCCUAAGCACGGUUCCAAUUCACCUGUAAAACACCGUGAAGUUUUCUGUCCCAUCCCUUUCCUAGCCCUUCGCUAGGGCGCGCACUGACGCUCCCCUGGCUUUCCACCAGGUGGCGCUGUGCGCCUCCUGACUGCGUACCGGAGCCUUUUGUCCUGAGUUAAACUCCGCAGCUAAACCUCUCUGGCGGCUGCCUGCCUUCGCCGCCGUGGGUGGUCCGUGGAAGCCGUCUCACCUGGGCAGCAGCCCAUCUGGCCCAAGGAACUGAAGCGGCAGACGCCACUCCUACCCAGCUCCGUUCUUCCCAGAAAUCUCUUGUCCUGCCAUUCUAGAUGCAACUUCCUUCCCCCUCUUUUGAGAGAAGAACCUAGACAGCACGUACCUGCAAGAGGGACCCUGCUUCUGUACUGGCUACAUGAUCUUUAGUCUCUUUUGCUAAAUUAGGCUCACGUUGUAUGUUUCGCACCUUGCUUGCUUUCAUUUAAUCAUUCAUUUAAUCAAUCAUUUAUUCAAUAUGUCUCAAUCAUCUAUGUCAGACACCAUAGUAGGUACAAUGGAUAAAACAGUGGCUAGACAGAGACUGAGUGGAUUUAAACUCUAAUGGGAGACAUCUAUUAAACAAUCUCAUAAACAGCGUUUAAUGGCAUAUUUUUAAGUGUUCUAAAGAAGUGAAGGGUGGUGUUACAGAAUGACUAAGAGGGAGUAACAAGCCACAGAGGCCAGAAGAGAAGGGUGAGAGAGAAAGAGAAGACUCCAGCUGGAGAGGUCUGUUUGGGAUUUUUUAAUUGAGCGACCCUAAAGGUGUUAAGGGAAUGAAGAUAGAUUUGCCUUUGGCAGCUGUGUAGAGAAUGAAUUGAGAGGGAGAGACUGAAGGCAGGGAGUAACCCAAGCAGGAAAUGAUAGUCACUGGAACAAGGGGAGAUGCUCACUUUAAUUAUGUUUACUGCUUGCAUGUACCACUUGUAAGGAACUUUCAUAACUUUAUUCAUUUAAAGUUUAUUCAGUGUACAUAGAUGUACACUGACGCUAUUUACAAAUUUUCUACAAUGAAAUAAACAUACUUAAGCAGAGAUCUUUGCAUACCUGUUU